CGCCCGCCGGAGCAGGGCCGCCCGGGACGGCGCCGCGGGCAGCCCCCGCCGGCAUGAGGCUGCCGCAGGGCUCGGCGAGGCGGCGGCGGGUACCUAAUGUGACUACCCAUGCGAGCAUUCAGUUCUCCUGUACUGAAGACUAAGUAAGGACUGAGCCAGCCACAGGCUCUUGCAGCUGGGCUCCUGCCAAGAGUGGCAAAUAAUUGACCAGCCUGUUGGAAGAUGAUGUUUAUUCCUGCUUGAAGCUGCCAUUCUGAGAACAAACAGUAAAAUAAUGUGGACGAAUUCAAGCCUUCGCUGUGUUUUAGCACUAGCUAUUUUAUGUUUAACAAGCUUAAUAUGUAGUCAAGAAAUAGGUUCUCCAGGGGAACCACAGAAUUUGAAAUGUAUCACGCACAAUUUACGCAAAAUGAUCUGUACUUGGAAUGUCUCUUCCAAAGGAAGAUAUGGACAAACUGAUUUUUGUUAUGCCACCAGUGACCUCCCCCCUCCAGUGUGUAUUAAAACUAGGCAGAAAAGAGUAGAGAUUCCAGUCUCGGAGAGCUCCAUCACUGUGACAAUAACCACAAACAACAUUUAUGGAGCUGCUUUUGCCACCAAAAUCUUUGCAGUUCACAAGAAGGACAUCUCAUUUGUUCCACUCACUCCACACAUUCUCAGUUUAACUCCUGACUUUUCAACCUCCACAUUAAAUCUGAAGUGGAGUGAUAAUGGAUCAGUUUUCCCAUAUGGAUUGGAUGCUUUUUGGCAGAUUGAGAUACUCCGUAAAGAAACAAUGGAAAAAGUAGCACAAGUAACUUACCAUUCAAAACUGAUGCAUGAAAACACCAUUCUGUCUUGGAACUGGACAUCGGACAUGCCUUUGGAGUGUACAUCACACUAUGUGAAGAUUCGCUGUUACAUUAAUGUCACGGACUUUGUUGGCCACAAGGACUGGAGUGACUGGAGCCUGGUAGAAAAGGUUCCUGGAAAAGAUACCGAGCUGAAUGGGAGUGGGGUUUUUCCUCAGGACACUGUAGUGGCUGUAGGUUCAGAUGUGACGAUUUGUUGUGUCCAUAAAGAAGGUCAACAGGUACAGCAGAUGACUUAUGGAUCUGAAGAAUACCCACUGAUACGUCUGAGCAGUCGGAGCAGUGCAAUCAGGGUGCUAAAUGCCAGUGCUUCAGAGAGCAGUGGGACAAAUGUAAUAUGUACACUGUCCAAAGAUGAAAUGGAUGGAACUGUCUUGUUUGUAGGAUAUGCGCCUGAUACUCCCCAAAACCUCAGCUGUGAAACAUCCAACUUUCUGACAGUAAAAUGUACCUGGAAACCAGGCAGACCCAGCGGACUAUAUGGAAAACGAAGAACAAUGUACAGUUUAUUAGACAGAAUAUCUGGUAAAAAUGUUUCAUGUGAUGUAAAUGACAUGAACGGAGAGCGUGUCUGUGGCUUCCCUGUGAAGGCUGAUCAAAAAACCUACAAUUUCACAUUAGGCGUCUUCAAUCCUGUCGGGCAAACAGAGUCCUCAAUUUCGGUUGAUUUGUUUCAGAGAGUUCAUCCAGAAACUCCAGAAAAAUUAACUGUUUUUGGGAACAGUCCUACAAGUGUCCAUCUGCGUUGGUAUAUAAAUGGCAGCUUUACUGACAUCCGGCUUCUCUGUCAAAUUGAAAUUAGCAGCAGUCACUCUGAGCAGAAACUGCACAACGUCUCCAUGCCUGGUCGAAAAUACUCAACUUACACAGCUCAGCUGAAUGCAUUGCACCCAUAUACCAAAUAUGAGUUCAGGGUGCGCUGUUCAGCUGCUGACCAUUUCUGGAGAUGGAGUGAUUGGAGUAGAGCAGAGGAACACACAACGUUGGAAGCCCCUCCUGCAAGAGGACCAGAUGUCUGGAGAGAGAGAUGUCCUUCUGGAAGAAGUCUAAAAAUCUUCUGGAAGCCGUUGUCCCUUUCUGAAGCCAAUGGAAAAAUAGUGUCUUAUGAAGUGUCAUGCUACCUGCUAGAUACACCGCUGCAGCAUAAAGAAGUCGCUGAACCCUCAAACAGUACUGAGAUAAAGCUUGGAAGAAAUGAUUGUGUAAUUAGCGUUGUAGCCAAAAAUCAUGCAGGGUUAUCUCCUCCUUCGAAGAUAACGAGCGUGGACCUGCCGAGCGACAAUGUCAAAACAGAGCGGGCCGUUGCGCUGGGGAAUGGAAUUUAUAUUUCUUGGAAUUCUUACCCCAACGUGACCUGUGGCUACAUAGUAAAAUGGUGUCAUUCAUCUGGGUCUGAGCCCUGUAGCGUGGACUGGCAGAAAUUUCCUUCAAAUACAACAGAUGCAGUGAUAAAAUCUGCACUGUUUAGACCUGGUGUGCGAUACAACUUUUCUCUAUAUGGCUGCAAAUCCAGUGGAUAUCAGUUAUUGAAGAACAUAACUGGGUAUAUGAAAGAGCUGCCUCCGAAACGUGCACCAAAUUUUACCGUAGAAGAAACAUCUUCAGAUUCGAUAUUGGUAAAAUGGGAAGACAUUCCUAUUGAGGACUGUCAGGGUUUUCUAGAGGGAUAUCGGCUUUCCUUUGCAAAAGGUGAAAAAGAUGCUUUAAAGCCUAGGCUUUCAGAAUCAGGGAAUCCAGAGCUUAAAGUUAAGAAUAUCACUGACUUAACAAAAAAAUCUUUGAGAAUACUUGAUCUUCAAGGCAAAACAAGCUACCAACUGGACCUACAAGCCUACACUGCUGGUGGGAUGAGCCCUCCAAAUAGCCUCUACGUGGUGACAAAGGAGGAUUCUGUGGGAUUAAUCAUUGCAAUCCUCAUCCCAGUGGCAGUGGUGGUUCUACUUGGAGUAGUGGCCAGCAUCUUUUGCUACAGAAAGAGGGAAUGGAUUAAAGAAACAUUUUAUCCGGAGAUCCCAAAUCCUGAGAACAGUAAAGCACUGCAGUUUCAGAAGAGCAUCUGCGAAGGGAAUAAGUCACUUAAAACACUGGAAAUGAACCCCUGCACCCCCAAUAGCGUAGAAGUGGUGGAAACACAGUCUGCAGCUCCCAAGAUAGAAGACACAGAGAUGAUGUCCCCAGUCGCAGACACCACUGUGCCCGAGGAUGGCUCUGACUCAGAAAACGAGAACCAUGUAGUUGUGUCCUACUGCCCCCCUAUCAUUGAAGAGGAGAUCUCAAAUCCCCCAAUGGAUGAACCUGUGGGGUCAUCUCAGGUGGUUUACAUUGACAUCCAGUCAAUGUAUCAGCCUCAAAUUAAAGCAGAUGAGGAGCCAGAAAUAGACUUAGUGACUACAGCAGGCUACAAGCCACAAAUGCAGCUGCCUAUCAGUGCUUUGAAAAUAGAGUCUCACUCAGCUGUAGAGGAAGAAUCAGAGAAAACUGCAGGUUACAGACCUCAAGCAAACACAAAUGCCUGGAACAUAGACACUCCAGACUCGCCUGGAUCGGUUGAAAGCAACAAUGAAAAUGCAUCUUUUGGUAGCCCAUGCUCCAUUAAUUCCCGACAGUUUUUGAUCCCGCCAAAAGAUGAUGAAGACUCUCCAAAACCCACUAACACAGGGUGGUCCUUUACACACUUUUUCCAGAACAAACCAAACGAUUAACAAUGAGACCACAUUGCACCUGAACCUGCCUUCUAAAUAAGCUCUUAUUUCUGAUGUUGUAAAGAAAGGAGAAGAAAAGUGCAAUGACUUAUUCUUGGGGCAGUCAGCAGAGUUCAAGUGAGCUGAAUGUUACCAUGUUUAAGUUAGUGAAAGUAUUAAUGUUCCAUUUUAAUAGAGGCUAAAAGGCCAAAGUUAUAGCCACUUAGUUAUUCUAGUAAACUAUAUUGGAUGUAAGGGGUAUUGAGUUUAGAUCUCCUGAUAAUCAUAAUCAAAUGAUAUCAAAUAAUCAUAAUCAAAUGAAAUCUAAUCUGACUACCUUCACAUAGUGUUCGAAGAUUAAUACGGUCUCGUACAACUUAUAACUUAGAAAGAUUGCUUUGCGUUGUUGUAGUUGUUCUCAACUGUGUGUACUCAAAAGAUGUAGUCCAAGCAGGUUUACGAACAGAAGGUUUAAUUCAUCACAAACCUCAGCCUAGCACAUAGAAACAAAAUAGUUGGAAACUCUUGAUCUUUCACCUAGUGAUAAACUAAGAACAAAUCAAAGUGCUUUUUUUUUUUCCUCCUAUAUGGAAGAGUAUUGUCACUGUUUAACACUUCUUAAGCAAUGGCCAUUCAUAUUUGUUGCUUUUUAACUAGACACUAGUUUCUGUACCUACUGUACAAUGUUUAUUCAAUGUUUGACUCAGGGGUACAAACUUGGGGAAAAAAAAGUGUAACACUGAUUUAAACCUCAAUGAGAACUGCGUCAAGUUGAAAACUUUUUUUUUUUUUUUUAUUCCUUAGAAUGCUCUAUAUUUUUUCAGUCCUUUGUUUAAGGAGUAAAUAUUUCCUAAUGUAUUGCACUAAUGCAUUUUGUAUUUUUGUAGCUUCAGCUCCAGAUCUCUUGUCUCAAAGUGGUACCAUAUUCCAUUCUCCUACAGAAUUCAUCAGUGUUUGGUUGUACUACACACCAGGGUAAGCCAUGUAGCCACAUCUACAAACGUUAGUUGACCAAGCAGUUUGGCACCAGAAACUAGAGAUAGUAAUAUUAGCUGCUUGAGAACAAAUUGCAGAUUGCUGCUUGGAUUAUCUUUUCUGUAUUAGCUUUGCCACCUGCUGCCUGGCUGUCCUCUACAGUAUCUCCCCAACAAAUUCCACCUGGGAGUACUAGGUGGGAUUUUUCUGCUGGCAGGGAGAAACCCAAGGAGGUUUUGAUGCCGCUAAUUCUACCUCUCCUUUACCAGGUGUGUGAUGCAAAGACAGCUUAGAUAAUGUAAAUUUGUAUGCUUUAAAGAAACGUUCAGAACAAUCGUCUUUGAAAACUUCUGUUUUCACAUGUGCACCUCCAGGCAGCUCUGAUUGUAACGUUUCAGUGUGUAAACUUCGAUCUCUGGCGUGCACAUGCAAGUUUCAAUAGCUUGCACAAGAAAGUGCUUUCUGAUUUACCUGUUUCUUAAUGUAAAACAGUUGUGAGUUCGUAUGUUAAGGCACUUGAUCAAAGAGGGUCUCCAUAAAGUCCUGACUGAAUCUUUUUUUAGAUUUGAUUUCUGUAACUAGUUUGUGGCUUUUUUUUUUUUUUUUUUUUUAAUUAAAAACAUGAAGGAGUGGAUUUCUAAACAAGAUCCUGAGACAGAGGCUGAAUUUGCUAAGCUACUAGUUCUACAGGAGUGAGAACAGUCCAGGAAGAGAGCUAGCUUGGUAGGCAUUUGGUCCGCAAAAGCACGUGAUCUGGUUGUCAGAAUAAAACCAAGCACUGAGCUAAACUUAAUCACAGCAGUAGAUGGUGAAAUUUCAGCUAUUGGAACGUCUGUGUCAUCUCCGCAAAAUGAAAAAUAGGGAGAUUUCUGAACUGUCAGAAAGUCAAAACAUCCAAAUCCUCAUUAGUAAUAACUGCCUCUGUGCACCUUCUGGAAGAGUGCAAAUCAUCAAAAUAGAUCUUUCUGCAGACCUGAAAGAAUACAAGGUCUGCGAGAAAGAAGAGGAAGUGCAGAUAAGAUUCAGUAUUCAAGGAUGAAUUUUGGAAUUAAGAGAGAUACAAGUGAAAAGACAGACAGACAUGGAGAAUAGCUGGCAUCCAUCAGUUACCACAUAUCACUGCAGGAGAAAGUACAAUGCCUAAUUAUAAUUGCAUGUUAUUCAGAGCACUAAAUUAAUAUGUAAAAGGAGGUAGUUCUGCUCCUUUGUGCUUGAUGGCUGGGAGGUGGCUAAAUCCAAAUAGGCCAGUUGCUUCUCUUCCAAAGCUCACAAUACCUCAUUGAGAGCAGAUUUCUUCUCACUACUGCAGAAUUGGCUUAAUGUGUUUAGCACCUAAGAUGGAUUUCAGAUUGUGCUGCCAUAUGCUUUUAAUUGAAAGCAGAUGAUGUCAGGGACACGAUGCAUGGGUAGUGCGUAGGGGGGUUGUUUGUGUGUGUGGUUUUAUUUUUUCUUAUGGAGCUGUUUUUCAGUACAGAUCAUAAAAAAUGUGUGAUGAUCCAAAUGACGAAAAAGAAAAAACCCAAACCCGUUGUAUUGGAACAGCUGAUCUUGAGGAAUAACUGUGAUUUCCUACAGCUGUGUAUUGCAAGAAGCAAAAUCCAACUGAAAUUUGAGCAUACUAGCAGCUUUUAACUCUGUAGACUGGAAGGCAGGGCAACUGCAGAGCACAUACAGAGCACACAAAGUAGCCUAACACCCUUGGCAAUGCUUCCAUGGCAGAUCGCUUAAAUACAAGCACCGUAUGCUCAGGACUUCCUCUGUACUGCCUUUCCUUUUUAGCAAAGGCAACAGCUCUUUUAAUUGGCUGAUUUCUUAGAAAUAAGCAAGAGAAAAGCUCCCCAAACGUAGCAUCUGCCACAAUGUUAUCAAAGUGCUCCCAUCUAUUUAUCCAUCACUUUUUUUCCCUUAAUUGACUUACUUCGGGGGUGUAGAACAUGAGAGUGCUUUCGAUCGUAGUGGUUACCAUACCCCUCAUGUCCCCUCAGUAGCUCUAGAGUGGAGCAAAGGAGGGGAGCCACCAGCUCAUGCAACCUAUGCAGCGCUGCCUGCUGCUGCUCAGAGGUGGUGAACCAGCGAGCAGUUUUCAUUUGAGCAACUGAAAAGCUCAAUCUCUUCAGCUCUGUGGUGUCCUUGGAGCCUCUUCAGUGCUCUGCUGGGGACUCAUUCAAAUGCCUAUCUGAAGUCUUCAGCAGCGAGUCCAAAUGUGAACUGGGUAGCUGGACUUUCCAGGGUGUGUGUGCUAACUUAGUGAUUGUGCAAAGACAGCCCUGGGUGCCUGGAGGAGCAAGAUUUGUCAGGGAACAGACCUGCUUUUUGAGCCAGGGUGAUGUGUUUAACAAGUGAAGCAUCUGAAAGAAUGGGUAGACUGAGAAGCAGCUUGUCUUCCACACCAAACUUACUUUCCAAGCAUGGUGCUGUUUAGCUUCCAAAAUGUAUAGAGAAUAAUUGUAAGAGUAAAGCUUUGGGCCUCAAAGGGGAUCAGACUCUUUGAACCGGUGCCUUAAGAGUUUCCAGUGAAGCUCUUCCAUCAAACUAGACACGGCCAGAACUCCUCCCCCUCAUUUGUGAAAAAUGUCUUGGUAACUAAAAGUACUGUAUUUCCUAACCAUCACGUUUUUGAAAGAUCUUAGUCUUGUGUUAAAUAUUUUUUGUUUUAAUUCUUUUGUCUUUUUGCUUUUUUCUAAAGUGUGGAAAGUUCUAGUUCUUAAAAAAAAAGAAAAAAAAAAGAAAAAAAAAAAGAAAAAAAAACACUUCUAGAAGGGACAUAAACAAGAGAGUUUGUGUCCAAAGCCACUGUUACUCCUGACUCAGUGUUUGAUCAGCGUUCAGAUAUGUAGGAUGUUAAUCUCAAGCAAUUACUUUCCGAAGCAAAUCAUUGGUGCUGCUGCGUUUUUUUUAUUUUUGAGCCAUGCCUGUCGUGUGACAGUUGGGUUUGGUUUUUGUAACGAAUUUUUACACUGUUCACUUUAUGCAUGGAACAUCACUCGCAUUUGAUGUAACAGCGUGCACUCUCCUGUCCAGCAUGUUCAUUAUUUUUGUUGUACUGACUGACAGUUGGGGGGAAUUUGGGGUCUUGGGUUGUGUGUUAAAUACUAAGAUUGUAGCUAUGAAUGUGAUAUACCUCACAGAACUACUAGCUAAUAUGUUGUCAAAAGGAGUAAGCUAAUAUUACAGGCAGGUAGUGAAUUAUCUCCCCUGCUCUGUGAUAGCUGCAUAUACAGACUUAGGACCUAAUGACUGACACUCCCUGUGGUGGCUUCUUUAUUAUUUGUAGUUGCCACUUUCAUAGGUCAACCAUGUCCAAAGGGAACCAGUAGCUGUGUUGUCCAUCAAGGCACAGUUGGCAAAUGCAGCAUAUUUCUUCAUCUUUGCUUUACGUGGGGGACCAGAACUUUCCUUUGCUGGGAAUUCCUGCUGAACUAGAGAUUUAGGCUGCUCUGAACACAGGCUCUUCAAGCCUUGUGUGUGUCUACGUGUACGUGUGUGUAAGUUCAACUAGGUGAAGUUGGAGCUUAGGGCUGUGGGGUUCCCUGCAAUGUUGUCCUUCUAUGUGACACUCAGUUGAACAUGAAAAUCGCUUUUCAAGAAUAGUAGCAAAAAUGAAGGCAAUUGGAUGCAUUAGAGAGAUAAGGUGUUUGGCGGUCUCUAUUAAAAGGAAAUGAGAAGUUAUGUGACAUAUUUUUAGAGUUUAUUUCUUUGUAAAUAGAAUAUUUGUACCUAUAAGUAGAUGGAAAUAUAGUAAAAGAGUUUGAAAUACUUAGAAAAAAUGUGAGUAAUAUUUGAUGAAUCAAAUUGCUGACAAGGCUCUGUGUACCAUAAAUGCCAAGAGCUUCUCUGCUCCACCACAGACUUUGAAGUCUUCAGUUCAAAUGACACUGACGUUUUUAACACUAAGAAGGGUCCUAACUCCUUGUGCAAAUACGUGCUUACAUCCAUAUGUGCCUAGGUGCAUAUUGCAGAAGUUGGCUUGCAAUUCUCAGAGCACUUAUUUUCAGACCCCUGUACUUGAGCAUAUGCCUUCUGGAGGAAAGGGCUGUCGUAGGCACUCCUCCCAACCUGUUACAUGGAGGUUCAUGCCAUUGUGCAUUAAACGGUGACCUGUGUGAUUAAUGUUCAGAGAGAUGCCACUGGCAGUUCUGAAGACUUCUUGUUAGCUUUUUCUUUGACUUCUCUGUAGCAAACAUGGAAACACAAUCCCAGACCCCAGAUUCAGAAAUGUCAGAGUAUUUAAAAAGACUAAUUUCCUCAUGCUUAGGCCAGUCGUAAAUUUUUAGAUAUCCUCCUAAAAGCUGGAAAACAGUUUCUUCCGUAACAAUUUUAUUUCCCUCCGCCCCCAUUUAUAUAACCCUGGAUUUCCCCCAGUGUUUCUAAGAUAGCCAGUGUUCGUUUCCUUUUGGCAUGUUACGCAAACAAACCUCACAUGGUAUUGGCAGGGUUUUCUGCGACUUUACAAGCUGUCCCAGGGUGCAUAACAAUACUUUUCCCCCACAAAAAUGUCUAUUAAUUUCUUUCACUUUUACAAAAAAAAAAAAAAAAUGCAGAGGACUUUUUGUAUUGCAGAGCUUCGCUUUGCAGGAGAGGGCAGCUGGUGUGAUGGCUGCGUGGAAGCACGGGGCUAAUCCUGCUCACCUGCCUCGUGCAGGGAGCCAGGCAGAGAGCCGCUGCGGGAAGCGAGCUGGCGCCGGCUUGGGGCACCUCCAACCCAGCUCGGACAGGGCCAGGCAGUGCCUGGGAGAUAUGGAGGGGAUGUCGUCCGUGGUGGACCAGCCUACCCACAGGGUGGUGGCCCCCAUCCGUGCCUUAGCUGUGUGGUGGCAUCCCAGCUGUGUUCAUGGGUUCACUGGCAGCACCUCUAGGUAGGUUUUUGGGAGGACCCAAGUCUGCUUGUUGAUAUUGUUGCAUGAAAGCAGGCUCCAAUGGCAAUACAGGCAGGACUUACACCAGCGCGCUGACCAGCACGAGUUUCAGCGCCUGUGCAACUCAGUUGGUCUAACGUGGUGCAAAAGGUAGGACCCAGAGAGUAGAGCUUACUCAGAAAGCAAAAGGAGGUGAAAUGUUCUUUCUUUUGUUAUUUGAGCUGAGGAUAAACAAAAAAAUAAAUAGCUCAAACGCAGCAACGUAAAAUAGAAACUAGUGAGAUUUCACACGUUUAAGUAGUAAUAUGAUUAAAAAAAAAAAAAGAAUUUUAGAACUUCACCUUGGCGAGUUCUCCUUAAUGUGAUUUAAGAGUCACUUAGGCUGAACAAAGUUCUAUGCUUUGUAAUGUGUCAGAAAAGCUUGUGAAGCAGGGAAUAGCAAAAAAGAAGAUAACUGACCCUUGUCUGAAAUCCCACCCAACAUAGUAGUAAUUUGAUCUUUGAUCCUGUUGUGGUGCACAAAGCAGUGGAGCUGAUGGAGUCAUACAGGUCACCCAAAAAAAUUACAUUGUACUGAAAUGCUGUAACUUGUAAAAUAUAUACUGUGAACAGGUUUAAUGGGGUUUUUUUUAGCUUUCACUUUUUAUACCAUAUUUUUUACAGCAUAAAUGAUUUGCGUAGAGAUGUUUUUAUGUUCUGUUUUUACAAACAUUUUAAUGGACUUCUGUUCAAUACUAGUGGAAGUAUUGUUUGCCAGUUUGGUCAUCUAUACAGAUUAGUUCUGAGAGUAAACAAUAAAUCAAACUUGACAAAAUAGUUAUCCUAACACAAUAAAUUUAGUCAUUUAUCAUACUUCUGUUGCUGAACAAUACUGAAGUUGUCCAGCUUCCAAUCUGUUGUUGAAAAAGAAGUUUCUUUCACAAUUUAAGGAAAAUGAUCACAAGGCACUUUAAUGAAGUUGUAGCAUACCAAGUAAAAUGUAUCAGCGAGCAAAUUUAUUAGCUAAGCAGUUAGACAAAUGCAUGCCUGAAAAAGAAAUUAUGAAGUCAUGAUGGGGAAAUAGUAUUCCAGUAUGGCAAGUGACAUGUAAAACUAAACUAACACUAAGAUACCAACUUUGCAUACUUUUUAAACCUAGUUUGCUUGGCUGUUGUAACUCCUGAUGUAUUGCUUAAGUAUGUCUGAAAAUACGCAUGUAUUUAACAAUUUUGCCAUAGUAUUGCUAUGGAAUUUAAUAAAUAUAUUUUCUUACACUCUUA